AUGGCGGACGUCCCUCUGCUGGUCAUCUCGGAGUACGCUUCUUCCGAGCGUCGCAUCACGCCGUCGUGGACAAUCUUUCAGCUCAAGACCAAGCUCGAGCCCGUCACCGGCAUCCCUCCCUCGUGCCAGAGGCUCAGUCUCAAGCAGUCGUCCGGGGCGGAAAAGAUCCCAAUCGAAGCAGCGGACGAUGAUGCCGUCCAUCUGUCCAGCUUCCCCCUGGCUCCGUAUGCAGAGCUGCAUGUCAUUGACACCCGCCCACCAACAGCCAGGCCCAACUUCACCGAUACUUCAGGCGUGGACAAGUAUGUGAUGCCUGAUGAGGAGUACGAGAAGAAGACGGACUCGGUCCUGAAUUGGAAGAAGACGGAGAAACUUGGCCGAUUUGACCCUACAGCGCCAAGCCGCGAGGAGGCCAAGAUCAAGGCUCUCAAGGACGAAAUCGCCCAGCGCGGCAUCGAAGUUGGCAAGAGAUGCCGCGUCGGUGGAGAGGACACUCGGCGAGGUGUGGUCAAGUACGUUGGUGACGUUGAGGAGAUUCCUAACGGUGCUGGGCCGUGGGUGGGGGUUCAUCUGGACGAGCCUGUGGGGAAGAAUGACGGUAGCAUCGCGGGCAAGCGUUACUGGGGAGAGCCCUCAGAGCUAAAGCAUGGCGUCUUUGUGAGGCCGGACCGGGUUGAGAUUGGAGAUUUUCCGGCUCUGGAUGAUCUUGAAGAUAUGGAAGAGAUCUAA